AAAAGUUUUCUUCCUUUGUACCUGGAAAAUAGGUAAUAAUUACUUAAGACAAAUGUUAAUUCCCAAUGAUUCUAAUGUUUCGAAGAAAUUUGCUAUUCGGUACGAUAAAGCUAAAGAUAAAACUAAAACAGAUUUAUUGAAGUUAACGCUUGCAUUUUUGACAAUCGCUGGAUGCUGGCGACCAGCAUCAUGGAUAUCUUUGUACAAGUAUAGACUCUACAACAUUUAUACGACAAUUUUGAUUCUUCUAUUAUAUACGUUUGCAAUUUCCCAAUUCAUGGACAUUAUUCUAAACGUCGACAAUCCCGAGGAAUUCACUAGUGUUCUGUACAUAAUGAUGACUGUAUGCGUGGCAUCCUUUAAAAUAUCCAGUAUGAUGAUGAACCGUAAGAAUGUAGCGGACAUUAUUAACACUCUUACUGACAAACCAUUUAAACCGAUGAUAAUUGAUGAAAUAAAAAUUCGUCAAAAUUUCGACAAAAUGAUACGAAACAACACGUUAUAUUGCUUCGUUCUGGUCGGGUCAACAUGCGUAUGUAUAGCUUUGACUUCCCUGUUCACAAACUUCAGAAGAGGGAAUCUAACGUACAAGGCAUGGUUACCGUUCAAUUAUUCGUCCCCCGUGUUAUUCUACCUCACGUACGCUCAUCAAUUGACAAGCAUGGCAACGUGCGCCUUGGUCAACCUCGCCUGUGACUGCUUCAUCUGCGGGCUCCUGCUGCACGUUUGCUGCCAGAUCGAGAUAUUGGAACACCGAUUGAACAACAAGUCACAUACUCGAGAAACCUUGCGCGAUUGCGUACGUCACCACGACCUUAUAUUUGACUUCGCCUCCACGGUAAAUGAAAGAUUCGCAAAAAUAAUCGCUAUUCAAUUUAUAACGAGUACAUUAGUAGUAUGCUCCAAUUUGUAUCAACUGGCCCAGACAACACUAAGCGCAGAAUAUCUUCCACUAGUAUUAUAUACAGUCUGCAUGCUGAUAGAAAUUUUCAUAUAUUGUUGGUUUGGAAAUGAAGUCAAGUUAAAGAGUCUCCAAUUGACUGAUCGUAUUUUUGAAAUGAAUUGGCCAAAACUGAACAAUAGCUUCAAGAAAACUUUUCUAAUGAUUAUGAAUCGAGCAACAAUACCCAUUGAAUUUACUAGCGCCUAUCUUUUUUCCAUGAAUCUCGAAUCUUUCGUAGGAUUACUUAGGACAUCGUAUUCUGCAUACACAUUGUUGCAACGGCUAUACUUUACAUUCACGCAAUUUAUGGAUCUUAUUCUAAAUGUUGACAAUCCUGACGAUUUCACCAGCACUCUAUUCACGAUGUUGACUAUGUGUGUUUCGUGUUAUAAAAUAUUCAGUAUGUGGAUGAAUCACGAAAAUAUCGCAACAUUAAUUCAAGCUCUUACGAUGGGUUUAUUUAAACCAGUGGUACCUGUCGAAAUCGAAAUUCAACGAAAAUUUGACAAAAUGAUACAAUUAAAAUUGAAAAUGCAAGUUCUGAAAUUGACAUGUGCAAUUGUUAUGAUCGCUGGAUGUUUUCGACCGCUAUCGUGGACAUCUUUGUUUAAACGAACAGUUUAUAAUAUCUACAGAUUAUAUGUAAUUAGUAUGCUAUCUUUUUUUGUAAUAUGUCAAUUUAUGGACAUUGUUUUCAACGUUGACAAUACUGAUGAUUUUAUUGAUACUUUGAAUAUGAUGUUAACAUCAUCUGCUGCAUGUUAUAAAAUAUUUAUCGUAUGGUUUAACUAUGAGAGAAUUUCAACUUUAAUUAAUUAUCUUACUAAAGAACCGUUCAAGCCAUUGGAUCCAUGUGAAAUGGAAAUACGACAGCGAUAUGAUAGAAUGAUACGAAAUAAUACAUUACGUUAUACACUCUUGAUUGAAACGACAUGCUUCUUCAUCGCUUUAACAUCAUUGUUCACUGACUUUAGACAUAGAAGAUUAACAUAUAGGGAAUGGGUACCGUAUGAUUAUUCAUCUUUCUUGACAUUUUGUUUUACAUAUGCUCAGCAAAUGUCAAGUACUAUACACACCGCUACCGUAAAUGUCGCUUGUGAUACUCUGAUAUGUGGUUUCUUAAUGCAUGUGUGUUGCCAGAUCGCAAUCUUAGAACAUCGCCUGAAGAAACUUACCAAAAGCGAAAUUACUCUGGGCUAUUGCAUACGCCAUCACGAUUGGAUUUAUAAGUUUGCGCAAUUGGUGAAUACAAGGUUUACACAUAUAAUUGGAUUUCAGUUCACGAUGAGCAUGAUGGUAAUUUGUUCCAAUUUGUAUCAACUGACUAAGUCGCCUUUGGACGCAGACCAUAUUCCAUUAGUUAUGUACACAUCCUGCAUGUUAACGCAGAUAUUUAUCUAUUGCUGGUUUGGAAACAAACUCAAAAUAAAGAGUAUCCAAAUUGCGGAUAAAAUUUUCCAAAUAAAUUGGUUAAUUUUGGAUAAUAAUGUUAAAAAGAGUCUCUUGAUAAUGAUGCAACGUUCGACAAUACCCAUUGAAAUUUGUACUGCAUAUAUUAUUACAUUGAAUUUGGAAUCUUUUGUGGCGUUACUCAAAACAUCGUAUUCCGCUUGUAACUUAUUGAUACAGACAUAAGAAGAAAAAUAAGA